GUCCGCCUAUCGACAGUUAUCGGUGCUGCGGCCCUGGCGGGCAGUGUUGGAAAGUGGCCCGGGCAAGGCCUGCAGUGUGACCCUAGUCCCUAGCCGAGCUCCACACCCUCAGGCCGAGUGUGUGGUAUUUCCAGAAGAUCGGCGAGAGGCCUCUAGCAGUAAAAUGGCGGGAGCUGUACACGAAUUUCAUCUGGUAAACAAAUUGUGUAAAUAAAAUGGUUAAAACUCGAGCGGCGCCGUGCGCUACGGCCUCGGAUGUGAGGACAACGGCGAAACGCCAUCUCCCGCGCAACAAGAAACUUUCGGACGCAGCUAUUCUGGCCGUAAUAGCGGAGCCCCAGCACAACCUCAAAAAAUGCGUGGUGAAACUAAGACGCAUAAAGCUGCCCGAGGAGGCAACGCCCGACGCGGAUUCUAGCACUUUCGAGCCGGCUCGGAACUCAACGAUGUACGUUCCCUCGAAGGUACAGAUCAAGAAACAACCCCCAGUUACCAGGAAGAAGGCGCCAGGUCUCAGAAAGUCUCCUUGUCGCCUAAUCCCCAGGGUUAACAGCCCAAGCAAACCAGCCACAGAUGUCUCGCCCAAAAAGCCACCUCGCUUCUUUCACCGAGAUCAGCCGCCUGCGAGAACACACUCCUCGGUGACCCGCAAUGUCUUCGACUUUCUCUCGCAGUCGCAGAUCGAGGAUGACAAUAGGGAGGACCCCGCGGCGGACAUAGUUCAGCGACUGGUGAAAUCCGGCAAGGCCUGCGUGAUGGUGCGCUCAACCAAAUCUGGGAAACCAAGAGCCAAGAGGACUAAAAACACGAUCCGACCUGUUGGUAGGCGAAGAAAGUGUACGUUGAAGGACUUGGAACAACCCCCCGAGCCAGUUCCAAAGCCCAAGGAACUGCGUCUGCAGAAGCCAUCAUGCGCCCUGUCACCCAUUUACGAGCCCGAAGAGGAUAGCAACGAUUCGGAUGUCUAUGCUCCUUGCCCGGAGGCCAUAGAGGUGCCCGUCCAGGUGCACGUCGAGCCGAGCACUUCCAAACAAGCCCAGGAAGGAGCCUACAGCAAUUUGGCUCGCUCCGUGAUGCUCAAUCGAACCCAGGCGCAGAAUCCGCCGAAACCCACAGAUAGGCGGCGAGAACUAAUUAACAUGGCGCGCCAGUUGGUCAGCACGCCGCUGAAUCGUAAGGCUCCCCCAGUGUCAGCGGUCAAUGCCGCAACCAAUGCAAUAUCGCCCAUUACCCGCCCGUCUCCGAAUGCAGUCAGUCCUGCGGGCGCGGCGUCGCCUUGGCGCGUUUCCGACAAGUCACCAAUGCCAGACACCUUUUCGUUCGGCUUCAACACAUCCCAGUUGCCCUCUUACUCCAGUGAUCACUUGCGGCGACGGCAUGUCUAUGUGCCGGAUGCUCAGGCGGAGCCAGCCGAGGAGCCUGCUCACCAAGUGUCCAUUUGUCCGCCCUUGCCCGAGCAAGGUCAUGACUCAAAUGCAAACGACUCGAAUGAGGAGAAUCUCCCACCUUCCAAUGCUAGCAAAACGACGACACUCAAUGAUCGGGAAAACGCAGAGAAUGCGGAGAACUAUGUUCACCUGCCGAACCCAAGGAGAACGCUGCAGAAGCGAGCACCAUUCAAAGAAAUUAACAUCAUAGAAGUGGUAACUUUGCCGCCGUGGAAGAAGAAUGUGCAAAUUACUCCCUCGAAGGAAGCCACUUCCAAAGCAGUGUCUACUCACCAAGCAGCAGCUGCAUCACCAGCACAGCGCAGUCAAACGCGAGCGAAUCUUUUUGGCUUUGACGAGAUUUUACCCUGUGAAGAUAAUGCUAGCAAAGGAAAGGAAACGCGAAAUGUGACACAGACGCCCUUAAAAGUUAUUACUCCCACUAGAGGAUCUAACAUUUCAAUAGCGACUGUUUCGCCAGCGAACCGCAGUCAAACCCACUCGAAUCUUGUGGAAAUAUUACCGUGUAGUGACGUACCAAGGAAAAGCCCAACAUCACGGAAUCUUUUUGGAUUUGAGGAAUUAAUCACUGAAAGCGAAGAUCCAGCAAACGUCUCCGCAGAAUUGAGUCAAAACGUGAACCUGCAUGAUAAACUCCAUCGGCUGGCGGAGCUGCGACCCCGCGACGACGAGCUACCACGGGUAUCGACCAACUCGUUGCAUGGCGGUUACCUUGGGGAAUACCAGUCGAAGCAGCAGGAUAUUAGAGACGUCUUUUGCUCCACGAUGAUUGCGCCGCCUUCACCACCAAGACGCAAGAAGAAGGCUGCACUGCCUCCAAGGGAAACCAUGGGUUUAUUUAGGGAUCAACCCGAGCCGGAGAAAACAUUUGACGAAAAGCAACCAAGGCGAACCUACGUGAAGGAGCGUCCGCAGCGAAAGCGGAAGAAACGAGUGCAGGUGCUGUACAUCGAGAGUGACUCUGAGGACGAGGACGAGCAGGACUCGCCCAAUAAAAGCUCUCCGCAGAAGAAGCAACCCUAUAGCAAGCGACCGCGCAGAGAUAUCGAGCAUGAGGCUAAGUUGCAGGAGUUCAUUACCAGUUUCAACAAGGAGUGCGAGGAAGUGGAAAAAUUUCAAGUCGUCAUUGAAUAGCAUUGUCGUUUUGUUUUUAUUGAAUUUUUUUUAUACCGCAGCUUGGGGGAAUGCAUUGUCAAUUUUAAUUUAGUUUGCUUUUGUUUUUAAACGCUCGUGAGCGUACCUUAUUGUUUUGUCUAGAACUACGGGAAGAUUGUGUUUCCUCAAAACAUAUGUAGGGAUAAGCAUCUAAAAUGUACCACUGUAUAAAUAUAAUAACUUUUUUGGUGUCUCGAAUGCACGUUAUGCAAUCCUAGUUUUAAA